UUGGGACUACAUUUCCUCAUCCAUAUAAUGUCUAUAUUCCUACACAAAAGUGCAGCUGAGAUAAAAGCACAAGUGCAAAACAAUGGUGACCAAUAAGUUUUCUUGAUCCUUUUUAAACUGGGUCUCCUUACUACUAAAAUUCAGUCGAUGUAAGGCGCUCUCUGACAGGAUUCUCAUGUUUGUGAAUAUGGUCUUCAGUCAUGAAUAAAAUCUAAUAAAUCCAAUAAAACUUUUUUAAAGCUUAAUUUUCUUGUCCCCCUUAGAUAACAAAACUGUCUGGGUGGGUGACUAGUUCAACUUACAGAACAUUCAGAACAGAAUUUGCUCUUCAAUAAAAUUUACAGUUCCUUUUGGGACACCUCUACCCCUUAAGAAACUUGCAAUCUCUGAAAAUUUCUCUGCCAUCAUGGAUCUGUAGAGUAAAAUCAGUAUAGUUUAAAUUGAGAAAUAAUUGCAGAAACGACCCACUAGCCUGAUAUGUGUGGCAUGAAAACAGUGUGUGCGUGCAUGCAAGUGUGUUUGUGUGCAGGGAGGCAGAGAGACAAACAGCCCUUACGUUAACUCAAGCUCCACAGACAUUUUGGUCACAUUUUCUACGAUAAACACAGGUCCAUUUUUUUUUCUUUUCUUAAUGUGGUCCUAAUACUCCGUCGUAAGUAUCUCCUUUAUAUCGUAACAGAAAAGAACACAGCGGUCUUAUUGGUCUCCAAAACUUAGCCCUACACAGCUUUUUGUUUAUUUUUUAAUCAAUUUUUUAAUCCCAGGUAAUUUCAUUAAGAUUAAAAACCUCUUAACAGUAAUCAGACAAGACUGACGCUUGAUGAGGUAAAUUUCAUGUUGACAACGAUGAAGUAAUUUGUUUAGUGCUAAGUGAGGAGAAAAGAGAAAAGGAGACUUCAGGGCGGAGUUUUGGUGGUUGCUUUUCCCAGCUUCAACCUCGAACGGAGGUACUUAGAAGUAGACUUUCCGCGGGGCCCUGAAUGCAGCACGUUCAGGUUGUGAAAUGAUCUAAGUGACGCAGACAUACGAACGACUUUCGCUUCCUACAACAGAAGCAGACAGAAAGGUGUCGAAGUCAACAGAGAUUCACUUCAGAAUUUUUCCACCAUUAACUGAAGGAAUCCUUUUUUAAACUGAUCCUUUUACGACGCUUUUGACGUGGAGGAAACACUAUGGUAAGAUUUAUUGCUCUUGGUUUGGGUUCAGUCAGCUUUUGUCUGGACUUAAGAAAACAUGUUAAACAAACACAGAAGAAAGGGAGGAUAAUGUUAAUGACUCAACACACACCUUUUUAAUCUGUAUUUACUUUAACCUGCAGUAGCCUGCUGAAUAAACAGAGGAUAGAAGAAUUAGGCUGCUUUGCAAUUCAUCAACUUUGUAGGUCAAAAAUGUCUUUAAAAUAAAAGUAGUCAGAGUGAUUGUAACCUGUUAUUCAUUCUAAAGACAAGUCUUUUCAAAAAUCAAGUAUUACUGCAAGAAAAUAUUUUUGUAUUAUUUGUCACGUUUGCUGAUGCCCAUUGUAUAUUUACUGUAGAGGAAGACCGGGGAAGGUUGUAACACUACUUCGAAUUUUUAAACAAAGUUCUGCAAGAGAAACUAGUUCCUCUGCAAAAAAAUGUCAACGUCAAAAACAGGCAGUCUCUUAGUUACAACCUGCACCACUAGUGGCUGUAAUAAAAAGUCGAAAGAUGCAAAAACAGAAACCAUUCUAUGAGAUUUGCAGCUAAAAGAGAUGGAUGAAAGUAAAAGAAUAAUUCAGCAUACUGCUGAUGCUUGUGUGGGCCCAAAACUCAAAUCUACUUUCUCUUUGACUUUGAAGUGUGUGAAUGUGUUUGGAUGAAUUGAAGAGUCUCAAACAAACUCUAUACUUAAUUUAUAAGCAUGACGAAUACAAGAUAAAUAUUUUCAAAUAAUUACAAACAGUAACUGCACGGGCAAUAUAUGUUUGAUUGGAUUGAAUCUCGGAUCAUUAUUAUGUGAUUUAAGUUGUAUAACCCAGAGAGGGUUUGCAUUAGUAUGUUAUUACAUAGUAUGCAUAUUUACCAGGUAGUGCAGCAAUAGUAGUUGCAGUAUUCAAAUUUUCAUAUAUUACUUAUAAUUAUGUAUUUUAUGACAGUGCGUAAUUGCACUUAAGUAUAAUUGAACAUGCUUUUCUUUGUCACCUCCUCAGAUGCUUUUUUCAAACAUCAUACCUUGUCUGAAACUGAAAUGACGCCACUGAUUGGAAAUAGUGUAAAACAAAAUAGAAAUAUUAGUCUUGGUCAGAACGUUAACUGUCUUACCUCAAAGCCAGUUUAUUUUCUCUGUAAAAUGGGAUGCACUCAUUUACAGCCUCAAAAAUCACUACGUGGGAUUGGGGAGGAGGUGGGUCAAUGCUAAAAUGAUCAUGUGACUCCUAUCUUAGCCCUGACUGGUUUCAAAUGGGGUCAUUACAACCAUCCCUGGUCUCCCCUACAUUGUUUCCCAUGAAAAGUAGAGGAAUUGUACAGAUUCUUGCAUUUGCAUCUUACACUGUCGCUGUUGUCUGGGCUUGUGGUAUUUAACCCAAAAUCAAUUAAUUGGUACCAGCAGGAGAGUUCUGAAAGAGGUUUUCUUGAAGAUAAUGAAAAAUGUUUUUUUCUGGUAAAAAAAAGUUCCAUAGGUAGGUUAUAAAAAAAGUACCAAUUUUUUAUAAUCUGAUUUACAACUCAAAUAUCAGAUUACACCCAGUUUGUUGCAGAGAUGAUGCACAACAUUAAGCGCAGGAAUACUAAUAGCCAAGAGUUCAGACAGUCAAAAAACUGAAGUAACACUUGAUACAAACCCAUCUCUGUCAAUGCAUCAUAAGCAAAUAUAGAAAUCCUUUGGUGACUAUAUUUGAUGACCGAAAACCAGGACACGCGACCCGGCAAUGAGAUGCUCAAAUGAUACUGGGACUCUAUUUUCAUGCCUCACUGGUGGCGUGGCGUAGGCACGGGGUAAGUCAGGUCCGCUGCGCUGAUGAAGCAUGCCCAAACACACUUUGGUAUUUUGGUGAGCUGCACAGCCCGGCAUAAGUAUCCCCCCUCCCUAACUCAGCUCCUCCCAGCGGCGUAAUUAGGAGAGAGGGAGGGGAGAAGGCACAGAGUGGGUUUAACAAAGCCGAGUCCUGUUUUCACCAAUCACAUUAGCUCCUCUCCUCACCUUAAAAUCCGCCAGGGUGUAUUGCAUAUUUCGUGAAGUAGUCGUAGACAGUGGUAAUUAGAGCCCUCAAAGUUUACUGAAACAUGCCUUAAAAUUUAAGGUAUGCCUUCUCUGUAUAAAUAGAAAAUUGUUAUAUUACCAAAUACUAUCUAUAAUGAAAGACAAUAUUCAGAUAGGCUUCUCAGAGGUUACUCAACAUGUUUUAUUAUGACAACUUUAAAAAAUAACAAAUGAAAUAAUGAUAUAAAUAAUGUCACUUCUGUAUUAGAAAAAUAAAUAAUAAAAAACUAAAAAUACCUCUGCUAUUUUAGCAAUCCAACUUAAAGAAAAAAAAGCUCUCACAGACAUUCAAAAUCUAACUUAGAAAUAAUGUGUAUCUUGUAGUUUUCAUCUGGACUCAGACUUGUGGCUCAUAAGAUUGUUUUGCAGCAAGACAAUGACCCUAAGCACUCUGCCAAGCUCUGUCAGGGUUACCUAGACAAAAAAGAAGAGUGAGGUGUUCCUCAAAAGAUGGUUUGGCCUCCUCAGUCUCCAGACCUUUCUCCAAUCGAGCUUGUACGGGAUGAAUUGAAUCGAUCGGUCAGAAAAACCUGUCCCACGAAUCAGCUGUCUCUUUUUUGUGUGUGUGGGGGGGGUUGUCUAAUAAAAUGUGAAAAAUGACAUCAUUGUCCUCUUUGAUGAUCCCAUUAAUUUUAUUUCCAUUUAUAUAGAUGUUUGUGCAGUAUAACAUAAUGCUUUGAAGACUUGUUUUUUGAAGACUUGUUUUUAUCUUUAUUUCAGGGACAUGUUUUUCUCCUUUUGGUUUUGGUGAGUUUCUGACUUUUCAUUUAUGAUAAUAACCUUAUUGCACAUGACUUUUUACUCAUAUUUUCUGUAUGUGCUGCUUGUCUCUUGCUAGGCCUCAGAGGGGACUGUGGUUCUGUAAACAUGGGUCAGAUAGAAGAAGCCAGGCUGACGUGUCUGAACGUCCUGACCUACCACAGAGAGGUGCUGGUCAGCAGGCUGAGGAGUCUUCAGUGCAUCCUUGACAAUCUGUUAGCCUCCGGUUUCUUCUGUGAGGAAGAUGUUGAGAUUGUACAGCGAACUGCCACCAAGCAAGAGCAGGUUAGAUCUGAACAUAUCUCUUAUGGAUUUUACGGUUUGUUGUAAACAUUUAGCUUAAUUUAGGAAAAGGACAUUCCAAACAAACUGAUGUGUUAUUUUCCAGGUGCGUAAAAUCCUGGAGCUUGUCCGAUGCAAAGGUGAGGAGGCCUGUGAGUUCUUCAUUUACAUCAUAUAUAAAGUCGGUGAUGCUUACAUUGACCUUCAACCGUGGCUUCAAGAAAUCAACUACAACCCAAGUCAUGAUGUAGCACUGAAGGAAGUAGUCAAUACAGACCCCAGUAAGUAAAACAGGUAUUCAUGCUAAACUGUUUUUUAAGAUUUGAUGAAAAUAGAUCACAAGCAAUAAUAACUCAGCUGGGUUUGGUUUUUCUGGUUUGCUGAGAGUCAGGAACAGGAACAAGAAGUAAAAAAAAUAGUCAAUGUCCCACUGUCGAGGCAUAAAACGCUUCUGUGAAAAACUUUUAGUUUGUGUCAUCUUUGGCUCCUCCUCUGGACAUAGCAGUCUUUGCCUGUCCUCUCGAUGACAAAGUCAUUUCUUUUACAAUCAAAUCUCAUCCUGCUGACUUUCACAGUCAUUUUGGUAUUUAUCGUGAAUAUUUGAGGUGGAUAUUGCAAAUAGGGUUGUUUUUGAGCUGCUCAGCUUACACCUUCCCCUCACACCUGUUUCAUGACUGAAAAAUUAAAUGUAUAAGCAAUCAGUGUUGUUGAUAAUGGUCUUGUUUGCUUUUGGAUAUCAUCUAAAGACAUCAAUUUAAUUACUCUUAAAUUCAUGGAGAACGCAGAGGGUGAGGAGGAGAGGUGCGUGGAUGCUGCUCCUUUAAACAAGAUGAAUUUAUGAUUUUCUCUUUUGAGGUUUUCUGUCAUUUUUAGACUGUCAGUCACAAAAGCCACAAAAGUUGGUUUGUUAAAGUUGAAAUGGAAGUAAUCGUUUUAAUUCAGUGGGGGGCAUUUGGAAACCACUGACCUCAAUGUAAACAAGAUUCCUCCAGGUUAACUAUCCAGUAUCUCUCUGGCUGCUGAUUAGUCAGGAAGUUGUAAAACAACCACAGAGAGUCAGAGUAUCAAAGUUUUUAUGACUGAGACCAAAAAACUCGACAGAAGACAUGAGAGCAAAAUUUGAGUUUCCAUCCUAAGCUUGUGGUCGCAUGAAAACAGCAACCAUGUGAACAAGGUUUGGGUGUUAGUGUCCUCUUCUUCUGUAAAAGUUGAUGGACCCGUUCGGAUCACCUUUUUAUUCUGAACUGUGUUUAAUUGUGAAACAGUUGAGCUGUGUUUUUCACUCAGGCCAAAGCAUUUCAACAACCCUGCACUUCCCCUCACUGAGGUCACUCACAUUCACAACCUGAUUUCAUCACACAGCACUUUGUACAGAGUUGAUAGAUGAAAACCACGCCUUCUGUUAAUGCUGUUAAAUGUUUGUUUUUGACUCACUCAACCAGAAGGACAAUUAGAAACCAAACACUGAUGAAUCCUUGUCCUGAGUUGUCUGGUCCUUAAUAGAGACCAUGAACCAUCAGGAGCAGCUCUGGGUAAUACAAUAAUUCACUGUCUGCCUCCUCUCAGUCAGCAGGUACUGUGAGAAGCUGAGACAUGAAAUGAGCCGGGACACCUGCUUCAUCAUGUCAUACGGUCAGGCGGAGGAGACCCAUCUGGAUGACCUCUACACUGAUACCCAGAUAGAGCUGUUAAACCACUCCAAUGAGAGUAUGGGCUUCGUAGAGAGUCUGGACCAACUCCUAGCAGACCAAGAAGACUUCAGUUCCCAAGGUGAGACCAUCUUUGUGACAGGGGACGCUGGUGUGGGGAAAUCCAUCCUGCUGCAGAAGCUCCAGAACCUCUGGUCCAAAAAGGAGCUUCAGACAGACGCCAUUUUCUUCUUCAAGUUCCGCUGUAGGAUGUUCAGCAGCUUCAAGGAGGCCGAGCAGAUCUCCCUCAGAGACCUUUUGUUCAAACACAACUGCUACCCAGACCAUGACCCAGACGGCGAGGUGUUUGAUUACAUCCUGCGUUUCCCUGAGAAGGUUAUUUUCACAUUUGAUGGCUAUGAUGAGAUCCAGGAGGAUCUUAAUCUGAUCAACAUACCUGAGGUGGUGUCUCCAGAGGAUAAAGCACACCCCCUGCAGCUGCUCAUCGGCUUACUCUGUGGGAAACUCCUCAAAGGCUCCCAGAAGGUUCUGACCGCCCGGACAGGGAUCGAGAUCCAGAGUAAGGUGAUCAAAAAGAAGGUGACUCUGCGGGGUUUCUCUCCUGCUCAUCUGAAGACCUACAUUGAUCUGCACUUUAAGGAGCGGGAGUAUCGAGAACUGGUCAGGGUCCAGCUGGACGCCAGCCCUCACCUCUGCGGCCUGUGUUCCACACCGCUGUUUAGCUGGAUCGUACUCAAGAGCUUCAGGCACCUGCACAGCAUGCAUGACAGUUUCCAACUCCCUGACACAUGCAUUACACUUACUGAUAUCUUCCUCAUGCUUUGUGAGGUGUUCCUUAGCCACCUGGCCUGUCCUGCACCGUCUCUGCUGAAGAAACGCACUCGCUGCGUCUCAGAGACACUAAAACGAGGACUCAGAUCUCUCACAGCGUUUGCUAAACUUGCACUCCAGGGGAUGGAGAGAGGGAGUUUCCUUUGCAGCCAAGAGGAGAUGUCUGCGUGUGGUCUGACUGAGGAUGACCUGCCCCUCGGCUUCCUCAGACCUGUCAGCGAGCACAACACCAGUGAAAACUCUGCCACGUUUGAGUUUCUGCAUAUCACCCUUCAGUCGUUUUUGGCUGCGUUUGCUUUGGUGUUGGAUGCAGAGGCUUCUCCCGCCUCCAUCCUCAAGUUCUUCACAGAGUGCAGCAGGAAGAGACAAACAUCCUGCCAGUUUCUGGACUGCUGUAUCCAAGACUCCUCAAAGCCCAGUGAGAGGAAACCGUUUACAAAUAACGAACACCUUCAGUUCACGAACCUGUUCCUGUGUGGGCUGCUCUCAAAGGCUCACACAGGUCUCAUGGGGUAUCUGGUGUCUCCUGUGCUCUUAAAAAAGAAACGAGCCCUCCUUAAAGCCUACAUGUCCACCAGUGUUAAGUCCCACCUUCGUGGUCUCUCGUACUAUGAGAGUGACGACGGCAAGAAGACCCACGUCUUACCAGACUUUCUAUGGAUGCUGAGGUGCAUCUUUGAGACUGGGAGUAAACACAUCGCUCAGAUGACGGCAAAAGGCAUCACAGCCAGCAUCAUAAAGCUAGGGUACUGUAACGUCUUCUCUGGUGACUGCACUGCCAUUAACUUUGUGCUGCAGCACCGACAGAAGCUCCUGGGGCUCGACAUGGACAACAACAACAUCAGCGACUAUGGGGUGAAGCAGCUGAGACCAUCCUUCUCUAAGAUGACUGUAGUGAGGUAAGAACUGCAGAACAAGCAAGAAAUAAAAUCUGUCAGUCGUACUUUAAAUGCAUUAACGUUUUUUAGAACCAUUGUGCAACACGAAGUGCUGUACAUAAACAGAAAUGAAUAAUAAAGGUAUGUAAAAACACCCUCACCCUCUUAUCUGCAAGAUGGAAAGCACCGAGGGUAAAAUAACAUGUUCAGAAAACUAAAAUAACCCAAAAAUAAUCACAUGAAUAAGAUGAUCAAACAAUAAAAGACUGAUCCAGAAAGUGCAAUAAAAUAAUUAAUACAAUACAUCAACAAUGAACCUGUAAAACGACAGUCAAACUUCACUGAGACAGUAUGCGAAUUGCCUGAACAGACUAACCUAUUAUUUAGAUAAGAUAAAAUAGAGUAAAAGUCAGUAGUGAAGAGAAGCUACAAAAAAAAUCAUGAUGUUGAAUAAAAGUUGAAAUAACAGGUUUUGGUUGUUAUUAUAUUAACGUUCUCAAUAAUGGGUCAUCAAAAAAUUCUGAACCAAGCCUGAAGAAAUGGAUAGACACCUAACAAGGCUUAUCAGAUACUGGUUUUCCAUUAAUAAAGGUCUACAACAGCUGGGGGAUGCUGAACAGUUUAGUUAGCUGUAGCAUCCUGAAACCAGCAGUUCUCUGGACACAAACAUGAGCAAAAACAAGUGAACUGCCUAAUCCAAUUGCUCUUCUGCAGGUUGUGUGUCAAUCACCUGUCUGACAGCAGCAUCGAGGUUCUUGCUAAGGAGCUGUGUGAACACAAAGUUGUUAAGGUGUUGGGGUGAGUAUACUUGUUGGUGUAGUCCCUCUAUUAAAUCCAAUCAGUCUGUAUUUUGCCGAAUUCAAGGUGCAUUUGUAGAAAGUUUAAGUUCAGGAAAAGACUGUUCCUCUGUUCGAAGUGUUGUCCCUCAGUUUUGAUUGUUGAUAGGGCCUCACGCUCAGAUAAAUAAAUAAUGGUUAAGUUUAUUAUAGUUUAUUUUUUAAGUAUUUACAUCUCUUUGAUCUUAUUUCAAUCAUUACAUUUUUUUAGAAUUUAUCUAUUCAAAUUUCUUAAAAUGGUCAAAUGUAUAAAUAUAUAGUUUAAAUAUAAUGGGCUGUGGAUCAACCAAGAUUCAUUCAGUUAAAAUUUUAUGAGACAGAAACAAAUUGGAGUUAUGAAUGAUAAAUCCAUAAAUCUUCAUUAUUUACUCUAAACACAUUGGGUUUAUUGGUAUUAUUAUAAAAAUAUAAUUCUGAAUUUUUCAUUUACAUUUGACUGACAAAUAUCCAGCAUAUAAAGUUUAUUGGCCUGUUUAUUUUAAGUAAUUCAAAUGGAUGGAAAUUUGUAUGCAAUGAGGCCUAAAUAUUUCUGUGAGUGCAAAAUCAUCAUUGUUCGGUCUUGUUAAAUCUAAACUUCACAUUUUCCUCAUCUCAACAGUUACUCGCUUGUUAAAGAGGCACUUGGACAAAGACCAUCUUUGGUAUCUGGUCUCAUCUGUAAAUGGUUGUUGUCCGAUGUUCCUGUUCAAUGCAGCACCAGUUUCAGAGUGAUCUACUUUGAUUUUAUCAAUGAACAAACUACUCCUGCCAAAGCCACAUUCUAAAGCAAACAUUAGUUGAUGCAAGAUGCAACUAAACAGGUUACGUGAGAGAAACAACCACAAACACUCACAGAAAUAUGUAGGCCUUACUGCAUUUUAACUAAAUGAAUCUUGGUUGAUCCACAGCUCAUCAUAUUUAAACUAUAUCCUUGCAUUUUAACUGAUUUAUCUGAAUUGUUUUCAGAAUUAAGAGAUUUAUGCUGAUUCUAAGAAAUUUUAAUAAAUACAUUCUAAAAAAUUUAAUCAUUGAAACAAAAUUAAAUAGAUGUUAUUACUUAAAAAUGAGCUAUGCCAUGACUUAUUUUUCUGAGUGCAGGUUUGCAGUAUACUCCUACAUGCAUAUGUUCAGUUAGAUUGGAAACAACAGUCCAUCCAAUGAGCACAUUCAGUAUGAGAAAUGAAGUGAACAGACUUUAAACAGGCCUGUGAUACUAAAAGCAGACAGAGGUUUUUCAGAGUACACUGGAAAAAAAAAAAUCCUAACUUUUAUAUAUAUAUAUUGUAAGUAUUUGCACACUAAUAAUUUAAGUAAAACUUAAUGCUGCAAUAUCAGUAACACUCACUUGCCAGAAUCAAGUAAACUUUACUUUCAAUAAAACAUAACAGUUGUGAAGAUAUGAAGUAACAUUUACUUAAUUACAUCCAAGUUUUAAGUUAUAUUUAUUUAAACAAAUUAAGUGAAGUCUACUUGUUUUUCAUAGGCAGGAACCUCAUUUUACUCAAAAUUUUAGUUACAUUUGAUUUCUUUGUAGUAUUUGCUGUUAUGUGGUGAUUAAGUAGAUAUUAAUUAUUUUCUUGUGCUUGACAUUUAAAUUUACUUGGUUGAUCAGAUUUCAUAUAGCGUUUUAUCAGAGACCCUCAAAGUGCUUUACAUUGGAUACAUCAUUCAUUCGCUCACACAGCCACACCUGGUGGUGGUUAACUACCUUUGUAGUCACAGCUGCCCUAGGGCAGACUGACGGAAACGUGGCUGCCAGUUUGCGCCUACAGCCUCUCUGAUCACCACCACACAACACUUACAAUCAUACACUAGUGGAGGACACACUAGGAGCAAGAUGGGUUAGGUGUCUUGCCCAAGGACACAACAGACAGACUAGAGAAUGGGGGGGAAUCGAGCCUCCAGCCUUUCAGUUAUUGGACGACUGCUGUACCUACUGAGCUACUGCCGCCCUCUCCAUUAUUAAUUUGUUUGUACUUUUUUCCCCAGGCUGUACAACAAUCACAUCACUGAUGUUGGAGCAAGGCUAGUUGCUCAGAUUAUUGAGGAGUGCCCAAAGCUACGAGUGCUCAAGUAUGUUUUUGAAAUAUUUGAUAGAUUUUAAUAUCAUAUCAGUUCACUUUUUGUUAAAUUCAGACGUUGUGGUCCUACCUUUUGAUGACUCUGAUACUUUUCUUCAGGAUCGGCAAAAACAAGAUAACUGCUGUUGGUGGGAGGUUAUUGGCCAAGGCCAUUCAAAAGAGCACUUCUAUAUUUGAUGUGGGGUAAGACUGCUGAGAAAGCUUUUUGCUGUUUUUGGUCACUCAGAUCACUCAGAACAUUGUAACUAAUCUGCACUUACACAGCAGUAAAACCAGAGGAACAUAUGUAGGGAGGUGCAACAGCACUGGGGAGGUGAAUGAAAGUAGUUUUAUUCCAGUAGCAUUUAUGUGCAAUAUCUCUAGUAGGUUUCUUUGAUUUAGCAACAGAUAGAUGUGAGGUAGUAAAAGUAAUAACGCAUGGCAAGUGUGUCACAUUGGUGUAGUGGUUGGUCCCAGGUCAAGGGGAAAUGUAACAUCAUUGUACACAAUAACAAGCUUCCACUAGCUUUUACUGCCUCCAACUCAUGCGAGAAUCUGAAAGAUGGCCCUCUGUUUUUUGCCCUAUCUUGCUCUGAGUGUGGAUGAGAGGAAACAAGGCUGCAGGCUUAUGUGUUUGGUCCGUACAAGAGUCAAAAACAAGAGAAAUAACCACGUUUACGGCUAAAUGAAUGAUUAUCUGAACUUUGAGAUUUGUGAUGUACAUCUACUUUAAGAGCCAAUUCAAAUGUUUGACAACACCACAGAAAAGCAAAUAGGUACCUUUUCUGUCAGGUUGGAUCCUGUUUGUUUGUUUAUUUAUUUAUUUAUUUUACUGAAACAGCUCCAUUAAAAACCUGUAAUAUUAAACUGCUUGAAACACCUCCUGAUGCAGCAAAUAUCCAACCUAGUGGCUUUUAAAAGUGUGCAGAAGCUGUUUCUGGUUUUAAAAAGAACUCCUUACUGGCUUGUCUCUGAAGGAACAUUUUGCAUAAUGUUGCCAAGUACUAUAUAUAUAUUAAUUUGAGCUUGUAAUUAGGAAAUGCAGGUACUUAGAGAAUAAUGUGAUCAAGUGUUUGAUAGAAAGAGGACCUUAGUAGGGCCCAAGAUAAAAACAGCUGUGUUUCUCUUGAUUUAAGUAUUGUUGAAGCUGGCAGAAUAAACCUGGCUGUCUUGUUCAAGCCAAAGAAACCUGGUAAACGUAGAAGGUUCUAUUUCCCUGCUUGCCAGCUGUGUGGUGCAGGGUGGUGUGCAACACGCAGUGGUUAUUUAAUGCAGCGCAGCCUGGCAUAUAGCCAAUUUGGUAAUUUAGUAGACUGAGGUGCACUGAGAUGCGUCAACAUGGGCUAGGAGGUGCAGUAGGGGGGCACAUUGACAAUCUCGUGCCCGCUGAUUGCUAAAUAAGGAAGACGAGAAUGGCCAUGGAUUUUUCUUUUUUAUAUGCACUGUGAUCUUGUGUUAAUGACUUAUCAUCUUGUUAUCUUGACAUAACAAAGAUUGUUUUCCUGUUAGAGCAAGUUAGUUGAUUUUUGUUUUUUUGACAUAAAAAUAAUUAUUUCUUGUGAUUAUAAAUUUAUUAAUAAUGUGUUCGCCAUUGUUAAUGUUGUGGUCCGAUUUGCACAUGGCAGUUAAAUGUUCACAUGUUGAAAGUGUGCAUGCACAAAGUGAAGGGGGACGUCAGCAUUUUCAAUGAAAACCUCGGCUUGCUGGUGACAACGGUGGCUGCAGCGUUUCAGAAAUAUCCCAAUCUGGAAGGCGUUUCUCCCCUCCCUCUUUCCGACUUGUGCCAGAGGAGCUUAGAUAGGGAGGGGAUGAACUUGUCCUGAGCUACACUGCUCACCAAAUUACCAAAGUGUGCUUAAGCAUGCCCCAUUGGGACUUGCGGCAAGCCGCCAGCAGGGUGCAAAAAUAGAGCCUGGAGGGUUAAUUCUUGGAGAUGUUUCCUCUGCAGAAUGUGGGGGAACAGCAUUGGAGACGAGGGAGCAGGAGCAUUUGCAGAAGCUUUGAUAAAACACCCAAGCCUUACCAACCUCAGGUGAGAGGACAGAUACCUAAUAAGACCAACUAAACCCAUCAACAAAUCUCUGACUCAUGUGAACUGCUGCUCUGUCUCUUUUUUGUAGCCUCUCAGCUAAUGGCAUCACAUCUGCAGGGGGGAUAAAACUUGCAGAGGCGUUGAAAGAAAACUCUGUCCUCAGGAUAUUCUGGUGGGCAGGUCUCUUCUCCUUGGGAAUAUUUUGUUUUUCUCACAAAUCUUCACUCUGUAAUGACCUGCAUGUCUGUGCCUUCGCAGGUUAGUGCAGAAUGAACUGACUGAUGAUGCAGCUCCACACCUGUCUGAGCUCAUCCAGGCAAACACAGGUCUAAGUCACCUCUGGUGAGGAACAUGAGCAUUAUCACACCUGCUGGUCAGGCAUUGAUUGGAAAAAUCUUACCUGUAUUUAAUGUUUACCUGCAGGUUAAUCAACAACAAGUUUACAGUGGAGGGGAUCCAACAUCUCUCUGAGGCCCUGACAGACAACACAGCACUCAAAGAGAUAUGGUGAGGCUCAGACAGGCUGGGAUUGAGUUUCCUUUGAAAGGCCUUCAAACAGGGUCAACCAAACAUUCUCUCAAAGUCACUUUAGGCCAGCUUUCACUUGUGCUAACACCAUCUUAUGAUUCAUCCAACAAAAUGGUUCAAGAGUUCAGAUAAAUAGUUCUAAAAUGGUUCUCAAAUCAUAGUUUAAAGGCACUACUGAGGAGUUCUUAACUGGAUGAGAAAUUGGGCUCUAUUUUCAUGCCCACCGUCAGCGCAGCGGACAGUGGUGCACACCGCGCAGUAGUAUUUUCGUCUGGCAGAGCCCGGCGCAAAGCCAGUUUGGUAUUUUAGUAGACUGAGGUGCACCAAGGUCCGCCAAGCUGGGCUUGGUGGUGCGGUAGGGGGAGGUGUCGACAGAAUCAGCUGGCACAGUGACAUUUCCUAAUCACAGGUAGCACAGAAAGAGCACUGAAAGCCCACCGAUUCAAACCUGGUCAGCUUUCAGGGCAGGCGGAGCGCAACUGGUCUACAGGUAUUUUGGUAGACUGGUGGCGUAGUGUGCCACCGAUGCCUCACUGGCAGGUUUCCACAGUAUCAGGCACAUUUCAGUGCAAUAAAUAAUCAGUAACAACCAACAUUCUGAGUCAGCACAUACAUUUAGAUCUAUAUAGAUAUAUUCUGAUCUAUACCUGAUCUGAUGAGCGUGUAUGGCAUGCGUUUAGACACUCAACCUGACGAAUUAACACAGCUAAAACCGUUGUAAAUUAAAUUAAAUAUCUUGUAAAUAUACAAACAUAAUGAAGUUAACAAGAUAUUUAAUUUGUCUCCCCAAUAUUUCUAUCUUCCUCUUCCUCUUACAUCUCGCGCAGCUUGACCUGGACGUGACUUUGUGUCCUCUCCCCGUCCUGCUCCUGCUGCUGCUGCAGGCUGACCAGAUGAUUUAUUUUAGUGAUCAGAUGAGUAACUUACUUUAAGCCUACAUAAGAAUAUUAUAAUAUUCAGUUUUGUGAGCCAAAUUUAUUUUAUAUGCCAACAUCUAUGAAAGAAAGAGCCAGGCCACGGAGCGCGAUAUGUCAUUUACGCACAGGUGGUUCCGAUUUUAAUGCCAUUUUUGGAAUUUAUGAUGUGAUCUCUCACGUGAGGUUUAAAUAUGUGCAACUUUAUGUGAGUGUCUUUAUUUGUGGAAAGGGUGUUUGUCUUACCAGUGGGUCCAACCUUACACACACCAAAUCCCUCUGUGCUUAUUUAAAAGAGUGUGGAGGACGCCCAAUGCAGUGACACUUGUUGAGGGGCUGCCUUCUGUCGCCAUCGUGUGGCAUUACUGUCUUCAGACAUCUCUUGAUCUCUUUGACUACUUCACGAAAAUUGUAGUAUGCCUUGCCAGCGGCGGAUUUAAAGGUGAGGAGAGGAGCUGAAAUGAUUGGCGAAAACAGUUCCUGGAUGUGUUAAACCCACUCCACGCCUUAUCUCCUCCCACUCUACGACUUAUGCUGCUGGGAAAAGUUGAGUUAGGGAGGGGGGAUACAUAUGCCAGGCUGCACCGCUCACCAAAUACCAAAAUGUGCAUGGGCAUGUCUUGGGCGGACCUGACUUAUGCCGCGCCUGCGCAACGUCUCUGGCAAGGCACAAAAAUAGAUUCCAUUGACUGACAUUAACAAAGAUCCUGCUUUGAAAUUUCCAAAAGCAGAUUAGACUUUUAACAGCAGAACUGAUAAUUCUCUUUUGUAAUUUUUAGUGCCUCUAACAGCUGUAAAGAGGGGAGGAGACUGGAGAUAUGAGGAAAAUACUUGCAAAGCCAAUACAAAAGCCCAGUUGAGCAAUGACACAUUUCCUAUGUGUGAGUUACUAGGUGCAGCCUAAAUGACAUCUUAAGCCCCUCCUACAACUUUCUAAAAUUGUGCCCCCUUUCCUAGAAAGAAGUGCAUCACUGGGUUUUAUAUCUUGGCUGAUCUUAAGUGUGUCAUUUAACAAACCCAGACAACCAUCACACAAAUGAGUGUGCGAGGAUAGAAGCUUUAAUGAAUGACAUUAGCAGGGGAGACCGGGGCUUGUUGUCACACUUUUUACACUCUUAAAUAUUUCUUGGAAUCAGUACAUCAUAUGUUAACAAAAUGUGUACCAGAUGAAAGACCAAAGUCUCAGGUAUAUAUUUCUUAUUCAUGUCAUUUUCAUAUCUUCUGUCAGUGCAGAGUUAUAAGCAAUGCCACACGAUGGCUACAGAAGGCAGCCCCUCAACAAGUGUCGCUGUAAGCGACACACUUCACACUCUCUCAAAUAAGCACAGAGGGAUUUGGUGUGUCUAUAAUUGUACCCACUGGUAAGACAAAUACAUUUUUCCACAAAUGAAGACACUCACAUAAAGUUGCAUAUAUUUAUAUAUAUUUGAUGUCAGUAUAUAAAAUUUACUUGGCUCACAAAACUGAAUAUUAUAAUGAUAGAAUGUGUGCCUAACUCCGGAUUCUAUAUUCACAGAAUUUUAAGGAUGUGAGGACAUUAGAUAAACAGUUGUUUUUUUUUGUUCAAAUUUUCGAAGUAAAGAACUCAUCUGAUCACUAAAAUAAAUCAUCUGGUCAGCCUUCCCGCCAUAGCAGCAGCAGGACGGGGACGGGACACAGAGACAUGUCUUGUUCGAGCUGCAUGAGGAAGAAGGAGGAAAAGGGGGGAGACGAAUGAAAUAUCUUGUUAACUUCAUCAUGUGUGACUGUUUACUGGAUAUUUAAUUUAAUGCCGUUUCACCUGUGUUAUUUGGUCAGGUUGUGUGCCAAAUGCACUCAUCAGAUAAGAUAUAGAUCAGAAUAUAUCUAUAGAUCUAAAUGUAUGUGCUGAUUCAGAUAGUUGCGCUGAUAUUGGUUGUUGUUGAUCAUUUUUUGCACAGAAAUGUGCCUGACACUGUGGGAACCUGCCGGUGAGGCAUCAGCAACGUGUGCUGUUACGCCACCGGUCUACCAAAAUACCACUUGACCAGCUGCGCUCCGCCUGCGCUGAAAGCUGACCAGGUUUAAAUUGGCAAGCUUUCAGCGCCCUUUCCACGCCGGCGGCGAGCACGGAAAUACCAAACUGGCUUUGUGCCAGGUGAAUAUACCACUGCGCGGGGCGCACCACCGUCCGCCACGCCACCGGCAGGAACGAAAAUAGAGCUCCAUGAGACAUAGAAAAUAUGCUUGUUUUCAGCUCCAGUCCUCUCUAUCUUCAGUGUGAGUGAGCUUUUUAGGCUGAGUUAAAACCUGCUGCAAAAUCGCAGGCAAUACUCUGAGUGAUUUGACAGACUUAUUCAAACCUAGAACUCUGAAAAAGCCCAGUCUAUCCUUGGUGAACCAGACCACCUAUUCCUUAAGGAGUUCAUGCUGCUUCCUUCUGGACGUGGAUAUGUCUUUUCACCAUUUAAAACAGACAGAUUCAAAAAUUCUUUUAUCCUGACUGCCAUUAGCCUUUUGAACAGUUCAAGGUCAAAUUUGUCUGUGAUUUAUUUAUUCUGAGGCCAUUGCCAUUGUUUCAUGUGUCUUUAAUUGUUUUAAUUGUGUCUGAACUUUUGAUUGAACUGUGUGUAUGGUACUGCUGGCGGUGAAACAAAUUGAAUUGCCCCUUCAGGAUGAUAAAGAUAUCCUUGAUCCAUAAAUAAAUGUGCAUUAGCCAGUCUGACAGAUUUUAAGUACAUUUUACAAGGCACUUUUCACUAUAAGCACUGGGAAAUGUGAAUGGUUACAGCAGUGAUGGCAAAAAUACAUUCAAUUAUGAAAGCUUUCUUCUUAGAUUACUCUGGUCACUCCAGAAUUAUUAAGGAAACGCUUCAUUACAACACUAUUUCAUUACUGCAGCACUAGUGUGAGGGAAAGUAAGGCUCCAAGUGCCAGGGGCCUCAUUUAUCAACCGUGCGUACGCACAGAUGUGUGCGUAGUGAGUGCGUACGAACAUUCCUGCGAAAGUAUGGAAUUUAUCAACCUGUACUUGUGCUUAGGAACGUGCGUAAGUUUAAGCACAACUCUAACCAUGCGUACACACAGAAUCUAGUGGUAGAAAAGUGAAACUACAAAUAGAACCCAAUAAAGGAGUCACAGCAUUCAGCAAUCUCAAACUUCACACAUGUUCCCCGUUGCCUCUGUAUAAAAUUAAACUGAUUAGUUAUUUAGCAGACAUUUUGAAUGAUUGGUGUGAUAAUGAGCUAUAAAAAUCAGCUGUGACAGGACAACCCUCAAAGAAGUCUUACGAGUACUGAUACAAGAAUCACGGCUUAUUUUGCACUAUUGGAGGACUUGGAGAGCCGCAUCCUCCACUGGGAGCUCGUUUUCAAAGAGCGUGCUGAUCUGUUCAGUGAGAACACAGAGUGGCUUCUGAAUUGAAUUGAAUUGAAUGCUUUUAUUGUCAUUGUCACAAUUGCCACACUGUCACAACGAAAUUGCAACUACAGAUGGGGAAAGUACACACAAGAGGAAGAGGUAAAAAAAAGAGACAGCUCUCAUUAUUAGUAGAGUGCUGUGGCAAAAAAACCCCUCAGCAACAUGAGCACAUUGCUAACACCACAUACACAGAGAUUCGUAGACAUGCUAUGGUUGUAGAGGGAGAGGGGGAGUGUGAUGGGUCAUCAGUGAUGGGGGGAAACCCACAGCUGCUGCCACAGGCGCUGCCAGUCAGGGUACCGCCCACAGCACUGAGGGGUGGGACAAGACAAAGAGGCAAAGCAGAGAGCAGGGAGAGGAGAGAAAUGCGACCGCCUUCGUUGAGAGCCGGAAGAAGAAAAGUACUCAGCAGGUACCGCUUUCCCAAAAUAUUUUAAUGGAUUUACGCUGUGAUUUACCACCCGUGCUGGAGCGAGAGACAAAAUGCACCACAGCCAUCCCAGUUCACAUCCAGCUCCUGUCCACCCUGGAAUUUUUAGCCACCGGAACAUUUCAGCGUGAGAUUGGAGACAUAGGCGGCAUUUUGUAGCCAACACUAAGCAGAAUCAUGCCGGCAGAGUUGAAUGCAAUAAUUUCUCUGGCCUCAACUUACAUCCAUUUCCCAAACACACACCAUCAACAAGUCGAAAUAAAACAAGGCUUUCACGCCAUCGCCGGAUUCCCGAACAUAAUUGGAGCCACAGAUUGCACCCACAUUGCAAUAAAAGCACCUUUACAAAAGAAAUUCAAUUUUGUCAACAGGAAAGGAUUUAAUUCAAUCAAUGCACAAAUAAUCUUUUCAUUUCAGCGAGGGGGAAAAAAUUCUUUCACACAUUUUUAAAAGGAUUGUUGAUAACAUAUAUGGUCAGUUGGAGGUGUUUCUGAAUGCAAAUGACUAACCAUGCACGAGCACGGUAGUAAAGAACAGGUGGGAUUUAUCAUCACUGAUUACUUACGUGUGUGCAUACGACCGGUGUCCGCAUGUUUGAUAAAUGCAGAUUUUUUUGUACUUCCGCACAUUCUAAAUUUCAUUCCCACGCCAGAAUUUAGAACCUUUUCUACGCACGGUUGAUAAAUAAGGCUCCAGAAGAGAGUGUCAGCUGAGUAUAUUUUAUUUAUCCUUUAUUUUGGCAUAGGAGGACCCACUGGGACUGAGAGGUUUCCUUUUCUGAGCAAUUCUUGUAGCACUCUGGUGUUUAAUAUCACAGUCUGUUAACAUCAACAGGUCUGAGGCUUUGACUGCUAACAGUGUCAUCUUGAAUACAUGCCGACUUGAGUCACAAAGAUCACACAGGCAUGCUAGAGGGAAAUGGUCUGUGGCCAGUGGCCACUGCCUGUAAAACCAUUUUUUCAGAACUUGUCUUGCUUAUUACCUCUCUAUUUGCCUGUUGUCCAUUUUUUAAUCAUGCACUUUGAGAUGAAGCUUGAACAGUUAAAAAGUAAUCAAGGUCACACUCCCAUUACUGCAUGAUGGCUGAUAUCCUCCCUCUGACCAAAUUUAAAAUGAUGUCUGAUGUUCUGUCUUUGUGUUUCUACAGUGUGAAAGGAAACCAGCUCUCUGAGGAGGAGGAGAGAGGGUUUGAGGCAGAGAAAAGGCUUCGUUUCCACUGAACCUCUACACACUUAUCACACACAUGUGCAUGUGCUGUUUAUCUGAGUGUGACAGUGAAGAUUUCAUUUUCAGUGGUCCAUAUAUCUGACUUUAAUCUGCUUGUAAAGCUGUAUAAUUAUUUCACUGAAACUCUCUUUGUACUUCUGAAACUGUUUCUGGUGCUUAUGUGGAAGUUUAACUAAAAUUUUGAGAAAUGUUGAACGUUUUAAAGAAACUGUUACAGAAAUAGGGAAGUUGGGAACGGGAAGAAGAUACUUCUGUCUUUAGCAAAUCUUUACACAGACUCUGGGUAUGAGUUUUUUUUAGCCAUGGACACUGUCUCUUAUUUCAUGUUUGAUUGUUACUUGAGGUGGUGUUAGUUUGAUUUGUUACUUGAGGUAGUGUUAGUUUGAUUUGUAGCCACUGGAUUGUUUCGAUGCUUAUUUUCAGAGUGUAAAUAAAAUAAUAAAAGAAGAGUGCAUAUUUGUAACAUGGAGUGUUUUAUGAAAGCCUAUAUAUAUUAAAUUGUACAUAAAUCAAAGCACUUCAUGGUUCCAAAUCAUGGACAUUAGUAAAUUUUUCUAAUCAGUCUUUAUUUAGAUAGCUUCAAUUCACAAAAUAUUUUCCCAAGGUGCUCAGCAAAAAAACUGGUCUAGACCAGACUCUGUUUUCAAAGACCCAUAAAGAUGGGAUCAGACCAACUCUGAUCCAUCUUCAUCUUUACAGUGUAGCAGUUUGAAUUUAUAAUAAAUGUCCCAAGAUUAAUAAUCUUUUACCAUGACAUUUAUGCACUUGUUGAAAGGAGCGCCACCCACCUUAAUGGUGGGAAAAUAAAAAGAAAAAUUUAAUUCAGAAAUCAAAUUCUAAGUUAAUCUUAAAUCAAUUUUAAAUCAAUUUCAUAUCUCGAGCCCAAAUUCUCAUUUCAGGGACUCUACUUCUGGAAGAACACUAACAGACAAGAACUUAGAAAAAUAAAUGAUCGAUUUAUUACAGGGUAAAUACUGGUCCAACACACAUGCAAUAAAUGAGGAUAAGAUAAUAAGGAUAAAUAAUAAUAGAUGAAUGAAAGAUUCUGAGUCAGGCUACGAUUUCUAAAGUUAAUGAUCGUGAGUGAAUAUGCUCUAACAUAUUAACCUACAUUAACUUUGGUGUUGAGAUGGUGUUGGUGUGAAAAUUUGGAUGUGGAUUUGGAUGAAUCUAGGCUCACUAGAAUAAGUGAAUAUCUGUGUCAUGACCACGUGAGACAGCAUCAGUCCAAUUUGAAGCUCUGGAGGUUUGGAUACUUAAGUGAGGCUGGUCCUUAAGGAUGGAGCAGGUUCCGAAGGUCCAGGCUGCCGGCGGUUUGAGAGAUUAGGCAAAGAAGGUGACCGAAGUCAGUCAAAAAAUGGGUCAGGAGUCACAGCACAUAGGCCUGAAUGCAAAAAACAGCGCCUUUUGUGUCCUUUGGUCUCACCACAAAACUUUGGCUCACAGCAUGACUUUGGGCCGGCUGGGUGGCGUUCUGAGGCUACUUUGAAUAACACAGAUCACUAAGAAAAAGAGAGAAAAAGAUGGCCAGUCGAAACUAUUUAGUCCAUUAGCCAGACCACUGAUUGCAAUAAAUUGGGUGGGCAAUUUCUAGUUUGUUUUUUUGAGUUGUUCCACAUCCCUAGUUUGUGGUUUGGCAUGAUAACCCUUGCAGACUGGUAGCUUAGUGAUGGUUAUCAUGCAUUUAAUCUAUGGAGUCCUAUAGCAGAAAUACCUGAAUUGGGUAUGGUGCUUGUUUGCUAUUAUGGGUCAUGUGGACUACUUGUUGACUGCUAUGCCCCCCUAAAUCAUUCUGAUUCAUUCCUAAGUCAUUGGAGAACUGAAAACAAAUAGUUUGAUUUGUUGUUCAGAUGAAAUUGAAGACUUUUAUAGCUUUCUUUUAGAAAAAUAUUCAUAGGGGGUAAUAGCAUUUUUUUUUUUGUGUGUGUGUAUCUUUUCUCAGCAGAGCAAUUGGGUAAAAUUUGCAUCAUUUUAGACACUGGAUUUGAAAUCUGACAAGUCUUACCUUUCAGCAGGUACCAAAUUUAUGCCUGUACUCCUUAUUGUUUUGGAAAUAUACACAUUUUUAUAUGCAUGUUGUUAUAUGCGGAAUUUGGCUGGAUUUGAUCAAGACUCCAGAAUAAGAAAAAGAAUAAGAAGAAUAAGAGGAACUUUAUUGACCUCCGAAGGGAAAUUCAAUUGUCUGUUGUCUCACAUAAUAUGUCUAUAAAAGUUAUCUAUUAUUUACAUGAGUUAUAAAGCCUGAUGGCUGUUGGUACAAAAGAUCUCCUGAAUCUUUCUGUCCUGCAGCGAAGAGAGAAGAGCCGUCCACCACCAUUGGCCCUUAAGUCCAUCAAGGUGUUGAUUUGAUUUGAAAAUCUUUAUUGUCCCUUAAGAGCAAUUCAG